GCGCCAGAGCGCACACGCUCCUCCAUGUCGGUUCUUCCUCCGGGAGGAUUUCUGGAAAAAUAAUCACUUUGGAAGGAAGUUCUCCUUAAGUGCUCGUGGGUAACUGCUUUACGCGCGUCUUUGGAUGCGUUUUGUCAGUCGGAGCGCAGCGGAGCCAUGGAGGAUUUACGCAGAGCUCCAACAUCCUGAUGUGUUUGGAAAAUGUUGGAUUUUCUCGCCGAUUUCCCGAGAUCCAAUAAUGAGUGAUAUUCCCGCUUCCGGUGGAAACGUCGGCUUUAAUCCCUCGCUGAUUACGGCGCUCAGAUGGAUUGCGUCCUGCGCGCCAGCCGGGUCACAUCAGGGACUUGUCGGCUGAAUUCCACCGCCAUGCUGGAGUCCUGUGUGCUGAUCUAGAGCCGUUUGAGAGAGCGCGCCCCGACCUGCUCCGCCUGUGCCAGCAUGAGGAGAGCCGUGCUAAAAGAAGCCGCCAAGAGGUUCCCCUGGCUGGCCAACGUCACUCUGUACGGCUGCCUGUUCGCCGGCGGGGACCUCGCGCACCAGCUCAUCGCUCAGAGGGAGCACAUAGACUGGAAACACACGCGGAAUGUCGCCAUCGUGGCCAUCACUUUCCAGGGAAACUUCAAUUAUUUCUGGCUGCGCGCGCUGGAGAGACGCUUUCCCGGGAAGUCUGCGGGGAUGGUUUUCCGCAAACUUCUGCUGGACCAAAGCUUCGCGUCGCCUUUGGCCACCAGUGUCUUCUACACAGGGGUGAGCUUUUUGGAGGGAAAGGAGGACAUCUUUGAGGACUGGAGGGAGAAGUUCUUCAACACCUGGAGGACUGGACUCAUGUACUGGCCCUUCAUGCAGUUUCUGAACUUCGCCCUGAUGCCGCUCCACCUGCGGACCGCCUUCAUGGGCUGCUGCGCCUUCCUCUGGGCCGCCUUCCUGUGCUUCUCCCGGCAGAACGGCGACGGCACCGCCACCGUGGCGCUGGCCUUCGUCAUGGACCCCAGGAAGACUCUGGAGGAGAUGAGGGAGGCUCGGCUGGCCCGGAGGAGGAAGCAGAUCCAGAGGGAGAACUGAGGGAGGAAGAGGAAGAGGAUGCUGCUCCUGAGAUGAAGGAGGAACUGGAGCAGCAUCUCUGAGCUGAAGACUUUCUAUCUGUCACACGCACAAACCCAGCAGAGAAACACCUGCAGGAAACCUCUCAGGUGAGUCGGCAGGAAUCAUCUGAACGGACCUGAAAGGCUGCAAUAAUAUUUAAUAACAGUUUAUAGAAGAAAAGAUCUGGAGAAGGAAACGUUAGUUUGACCUGCAGGUCUGAGCGCGCUCGCUUUUCUCUGGAGGAUUUCUCUAACAAAUGUUCAGAUGAAGCUCAAAGUAGAGAACAGAAACACAAAAACAUUCAUUUAAAGUCGAAUUCCACCAGUUUAUGUGAGAAAAGUCCAAAAAUAAACACAACAACAUGAAAGACGGUCGUAUGAUUAAAAUCACCCGUAAAAGCAACACCGCCCCCGCUCCUCUCCCCAACCCACCUUAAACCACAGCAGAGAGUGAUUGAUUACGUCAACCUUUGAGGUGUUUUAUUCACCUUUUUAAAUGAUUACUUUUUUAUUUUUAUACAUGAAAUGAGUGAAUGAGUGGUGGUGCGUCAAACUGUUUAA